AUGGAUUCCAAGGAGAACACGCGCCCGUCGGCGGAGCAAGAGCGUACGCUCGAGGGCGGCGAGGCUCCACCCGUCGCCAAGGCAGCGACCAAGGAGCUGCAUCCGGCCUUUUACAUUGCACUUUGGAUCGGACUUUCUUCUUCUGUCAUCAUCUUCAACAAAUGGGUGCUCCACAGCGCCGAGUUCAAAUUCCCUCUUUUCUUGACAACAUGGCACAUGGUCUUCGCAACCGUCAUGACUCAAGGUCUGGCCAAAUUCACCACGGUCCUUGAUGGCAGACAUAAAGUCCCAAUGACCCCACAGCUGUACAUGCGUGCAAUUGUCCCAAUCGGCCUGUUCUUCAGCUUCAGUUUGAUCUGUGGCAAUGUGGCGUAUUUGUACUUGAGCGUGUCCUUCAUUCAGAUGCUCAAGGCUCUGAACGCAGUCGUCACCCUCCUCGCAACCUGGGCCUUUGCCAUCAGCCCGCCCGAUAUGAGGAAACUGGCCAACGUCUCCGCAAUCGUCGUCGGUGUGAUCAUCGCCUCUUUCGGAGAGAUCAAAUUUGUCAUGUUCGGUUUCCUCAUCCAGCUGGCUGGAAUCUUCUUCGAGGCUGUCCGACUUGUCAUGGUCCAGCGUAUUCUGAGCUCGCCAGAGUUCAAGAUGGACCCUCUGGUUUCACUCUACUACUAUGCACCAGCCUGCGCUGCCAUUAACGGUUUCUUCACCCUUUUCAUCGAGCUCCCAAAGAUGGGCAUGGAUGACAUCUACCGCGUCGGUGUCUUUGUCUUGAUCGCAAACGCAGCUGUUGCUUUCAUGCUGAACGUUUCCGUGGUCUUCCUGAUUGGCAAGACUUCUGCUGUCGUCCUCACACUUUCCGGAGUGCUAAAGGACAUUCUGCUCGUUGUGGCUUCCAUGGUCAUCUUCCUGGAUCCCGUAUCCCCUCUGCAGUUCUUCGGCUACUCCAUUGCUCUCGGCGGACUGGUAUGGUACAAGCUUGGAGCGGACGGCGUAAAGAACGGACUGCGAGAUGCCCAGGUUACAUUCGGCAACAUGCGUCAAGAAAACCCCACCCGUGCUAAUGCGCUGAUUGGUGGUGCCAUYUUCUUGGUCCUUGUUCUCGGGUACUUCAUCUUCGGGUCCUCAAUCACCGCAGAGUCGCAGAGUCCAUUUGCUGGUCAAUGA